UCUCUCCAGGGACUGGCCCCAGUUGAAAUUUCCUUAAAGUACAAAGCACACUGCUACUUUUUCUUCUGAAUAAAAUGGGGAAAUUUAAUAAGAUUGUUGAAUUAAUUCUUUACUUUGUACUGCUAUCGUUUUCCGUUCAUUCAGUGCGUGGGAAUCCAAUCGGCGCACCUGAAGUUAAUAAUGGAUUAACGUAUCCAGACGUCAAUGGCCCUUCUCCUGCAUUGAUUCGAGAGCCGAGAUUUAUUAAGAAAGGAUUCGGAGGAUACGGAGGAUAUGGAGGUUAUGGAGGGGGUUUUGGGGGCUAUGGAGGAUAUGGAGGUUACGGUGGUUAUGGAGGAUAUGGUGGUGAGUUACAACGAGAGCAUUAAUCCUGUUAAAUAUGUAUGAGUGGUAUUUUCUAAUUGAUUUUCAGGUUAUGGAGGAUAUGGAUAAAAUCGCCGAAAAAGAAUUCAACAAACUCUUUAAUGACUAUAUUGUACUUUUUUAUGGGGACUUAAUACUUUGCCCACUUUUCAACAUACUUAAUUUCAUAUUCUCAAUUUAUAAAUAAAAUUAAUACCUUUCAAUGAAUGCAUAAA